ACAAAUCUAUAUUCUCAUAAGUGGGUAUGGUGUCAAUCUCCCAACCCAUAUCUGCUUUGCCAUAUUUCAUACAGAGUAAAAGAAAAUAUUCAGCAAUCAUUUUUGUCAACUAUAAACACACGGUGGGUCUAGACAAACGCGGAAGAAAUCGAGUACAAAGUUAAAAAGAAACACACAUACAAGAAACACCGAGUAAAGAGUAUAUAGUUCGGCAUUUCGGUACACACAAUUAUUAAUAUUUAAUUUAUUAAGAUAUAACACAAGGAAAACGAAGGACAAUCACAAUAUCAACCAAAACGCGAAACAUAGCCAAAUAAAUAAUAAGAUUCACAACAACGACAGCAUUUACAGCAAUUUCCCCAAAAUAUUUACUCGAAUUUAAAAAUAAGUUUCGUUCUAUAAUUGACCUCCUGACUACGGCGCUCGUUUGCUCGGUCUUGAUAUCUACAAGAAACUUGCAUUUUACUUCCCAGUGAUUUAUAUGUUGCCCUAUAUUUAUGUGUCCGCGCGUGAGUGUAUGAUAAAAUAGAAUAUCGCGUGUCUAGCUUGAAAUACACAUUAAUUGUUUUAUGUGCUUUUAUGACAAAAUGAAAUGUAACAAAACAAAAGGCAAUUAACGGAGAGUUUGCAGGUACAACGCUGAAGCGAAUAAAAUUACUAACACACACACACACACACACAAAUACAACAUUCCAUUACCAAAAAAGAAAAACCAGGACGCAGGAAACAGGAAGUUGCACAACCAUUAAAACUGAAUACAAUAUUCAUUGUCAUCAAACAACAUAGCACAUUGGGUCGAAAUAGACCAAUUGGAGGUUAACAGUUCCACUUGCAAACUGCAGCUGUAGCUGUAAUUGACCCAAAAACCCAAUCACUCGAGAGAAGGAGAAAGCCGUCAGUCGUCUCGUACAAAGCAACAACAAGCAUCAAGCCACAACCAUCAAGUGCCAACUAACCAACAUAGUAUCUUCAUCGCCAUAAAAGUCAAGGAACCUUUCAGCUAUUUACUGAAAGCAUUAAAAUUGCCGAGUUCAUUUGUUCUGCCAUUCAUUCAUACACCGAGAAUUUUACACGCUUUUAAGCGAAAGAAAGCCUCAACACCAACCACAGCUACUCAUUAAAUCAAACGAGAGAUCAACAACCUUCUUAUUGGGGUCUCUUCCAAACGCAGUGUAAAAAAGCCGCCAAAACGCCGUACCACACGAAAAUGGAAAGAAAACUGCUAUACGCCUUUCGGGGCUGGAUAGCAUUUGUGGCAUUCAUGGAUUUGGGGACAGCGUUUCGCAGCUACAUCGAACGACGAAGUUUUCUCGACCAUGCUGACACCCAAUUUAUAGAAGGGGAUUACACGGUAUCUCGCAUUAUUGGAAUGUAUUGCCUGCUUAAAGCUUUAGCUUUGGUACACUGUACUCUUUACAUACAUUACCGACCUGUGGUUAGCAUGGGUGGCUGUUCGCUGGCUUUAACAUUGAUAUUAUAUCUGACUGAAACUUUAUAUUUCCGUUCGUGUACUUUGAAUUUUUAUGUCAUCUUUCCAUGUGUCUUAAACUCCAUAACCUUAGUUGCUCUUAUGUAUAUACCCAAACGAUUACGCCUAUGGGAGCCAAGUUUGGAUUUGGAUGAUGAGAAUACCCAACUGCUGAAACAAAUGACCGGAUUCAAGCGCAGGCGUGCCAAGAAAAACCAAUAGGCCCACUUGGCCUAACAAUAAUGACAAUUGUAUCAACAAUUUCUUUGUCUAACCAAGUGAUACAUUUCCCUAUCACUUUAUCCAUCCAACAUACUAUUUUUGAGGAUGGAGCGAGAGAAUCUAAAGUCGAAUGAUUUCUUUUUAUAAAUCUGACUUUGGUAAAGUACUGGAAUCUUUGUUAAAAACAAAACAAAAAUGUUUAUCGGACCAUAUAUGUAUCGCAUUUCAUACUAAAUACAUAAAAUCUAAGUAAUAAUGUCCAAGAAAAAAAAACGAGAGAAGAGAAUAUGAGAAGGUGCUCUACCAAGAUAAAUUCAUUUACAGAUAGCAGCAGUUGACAAACAACAAGAAACCGAGAACACUGUUCGUUAAAAUCUGUGUUUUUUGCAACUCUGAUUUGAGUAUGUUACGAGUUCGCGCUCUUUUGUUGGUCGUCUGAUGGUUCUUACAUAUAAUGCACACACACACACAUUCAAACGCUAUGCAAGCUCGUUGACAGAUAGUGUACUCCGUUAGAACACAUUGUACUCAUUAUACAAAGUAAAUGAAUUUCUCUUAAGCUCAGCACCUUCAGCUACACCAAGAACAACUACCAAUACUGCAUUGUACGUAUGCAUAUGUGUCUUUGUGUGUAGCAACUGCAGCCGCAGUCAAAAUGACAUAUUGCGUAUCGUGCUUUUUUUAUACAAUAUUUUGCUAAUGACGAUAACGAUAUUAUUUCUUUUUAAAAAAGAAAAUAAACACAAAAUACUCUUUUGCAAAAAUCGGAUCAAUUAUUUUAUAUACUUAACUAUAUACUUCCAAAUUUGAAUACACAUACCAUGAC